AGGUUAAACUCUCUGUGGUUUAACGUUCACCGACCAAUAGUAGACGAGAAGGAGCUGACGUAGGCUGAAAGUCUGGCGCAUGGCGGAGGAUGUAAAUGACACUAGCAGACAAGACUGAAAGAGCUGAGCCAUGAGACUUCUCAGUCGGACAACGCGGUGUGUUUUCUCUCCGCCGGCAGGGGGCAGCAGAGGAUUUUGGGGCUGGCUCAACGCCGUGUUCAACAAAGUUGAUUAUGAACGGAUUAAGGCAGUUGGUCCGGACCGUGCAGCUGCCGAAUGGCUCCUGAGGUGUGGGGCCAAAGUUCGUUUCCGUGGUUUCGACCGUUGGCAGCACGACUAUAAUGGUCUCCCGACAGGACCACUGGGUCGCUACCAGAUACAAGCCAUCGAUGCCACAGAGGCCUGCAUCAUGUACCGGGGCUUUGAUUACUUGAAUGGUCUGGAGCAUGUAGAGGAGAUAAAGCUGAAUAAGUGUAUAUAUAUAGAGGAUGCUUGUCUGGAGCGUUUGAGUCAGACGGAGAACCUGCAGGCCAGCUUGAGGACGAUGUCGGUCAUCUCCUGUGGCAACGUGACGGACAAAGGCAUCAUCGCUUUCCAUCACCUGAGGAAUCUGGAGUAUCUGUUCCUCAGUGACCUGCCUGGAAUAAAAGACAAAGAGAAAACGACAGACAGGCUGCAGACAGCGCUACCCAAGCUCACAAUAGAGCUGGACUUGGCUUAGCCAAUCACAGCCAGCCUAAUUUGGCCAAUUACAUGGCCCCUCAAAACCAAGACCAGCCAAUUAAACUCAUAGGCUAGGAUCCAGUGGCUGUUACCGAAGCAGCAGCAGUGAGAGUAUGAUAGCUAAAGGUGUGUGCAGUGCUGUGAUGGCGCUUUCUGUGGUUCCUUCAGGAACCUGAAAUCUGAUGUAUUAAAGAAGAAUCUAUUUACUGUGUACUACUGCACGUA